AUGGCCCUCAUGGGCAUGGUUGCUGCUGCGCCUCUGGAGGCGCGCGCGGCCUUGACCCAGGUCACCAGCUUCGGCUCCAACCCAACGAACACAAAGAUGUACAUCUAUGUGCCGAGCAAGCUCGCUGCUAAGCCGCCGGUCAUUGUGGCCAUCCACUUCUGCACGGGAACCGCUCAAGCCUACUACACAGGCUCGCCAUACGCUCAGCUGGCUGACCAAUAUGGCUUCAUCGUCAUCUACCCGGAAUCCCCCUACAGCGGCACCUGCUGGGACGUCUCCUCCAAAGCCGCCCUGACCCACAACGGCGGCGGCGACAGCAACUCCAUCGCCAACAUGGUCACCUACGCCCUCCAGAAGUACAACGGUGAUGCCAGCCAGGUCUUCGUCACGGGUUCCAGCUCCGGCGCUAUGAUGACGAAUGUCAUGGCUGCUACUUACCCGGAGAUGUUCAAGGCCGCGACGGCUUACUCUGGUGUUCCAGCCGGCUGCUUCGUGUCCAGCUCCGGGCAGGCUGACGCGUGGAAUUCCACCUGCGCUCAGGGCAAGGUUGUCGCGUCGGCGGCAUACUGGACCAAUGUCGUCAAGAACAUGUACUCCGGCUACUCUGGCGCCCGUCCUCGUUUCCAAGUCUACCACGGCUCCAUCGAUGCCACGCUCCUGCCCCAGAACUACCAGGAGACUGUCAAGGAGUGGACGGGUGUUUUCGGCUACGAUGCUACCAAGCCUGCUAAGACUCAGUCGAACUACCCCAAGUCGGGUUACACUACUGAUACGUGGGGUGUUUCGGCUGCCAACCCUCUUGGGCAGGUCCAGGGUAUUUAUGCUCAGAAUGUUGGACAUACUGUUCCUAUUCAGGGCACACAGGAUAUGAUGUGGUUCGGUCUUGGCCCUUACACUGCUGAUGCUGGUACCUCGUCUGGUGGCUCUGCUGUAUCGUCGCCAGUCGCUUCCAGCUCCAAGGCCGUUGUUGCCAGCUCCAAGGUCUCUUCCAGCACGGCGAAAUCCAAUGUCGCUACCUCUGUCGCAGCUGUCUCCGCCUCAUCUGUUCCAGCUUCAUCGGAGAACGCUACUUCUGCCUGCGAGGUCAGCAUCACUGUAGCUCCCGCCUCGACCUCGACCCCAUGCGAGAUCACCAUCACUGUCUCCUCCAGCUCUGUGCCCAACAAGGCCACCACUCCCACUGCCGUGAGCUCGGCCUCCACCCUGGCUACCAAGGUCUCCACCUCCGCUGCAGGCGCCUCUUCCGUCGCAUCAUCUGCUGCUCCAGCCUCGUCUGCCGCAUCCGGUUCCGGCCCUCGCUCGACUGGUACUUCCACCGGCCCAGCCUCGAGCAGCAUCAACACCGCUUUCGUCAAGAAGGGCAAGAAGUACUUCGCCACAUGCGCCGACCAAGGCACCCUCGGCAACAGCCAGACCUCCUCCAUCAUCGCCGCUGACUUCGGCGGUGUCACCCCAGAGAACAGCAUGAAAUGGCAAUCCAUCGAGCCCACCCAAAACCAAUUCUCCUUCUCCGGCGCCGACUACCUAGCCAACUACGCCGUGACCAACAACAAAGUCCUGCGCUGCCACACCCUAGUCUGGCACUCCCAGCUCCCGACCUGGGUCUCCAACAUCAAGGACAAAGCCACCCUGACCUCGGUAAUCCAAAACCACAUCGCCAAGGUCGCCGGCCGCUACGCCGGAAAGUGCUACGCCUGGGAUGUCGUGAACGAGAUCUUCGGUGAGGAUGGCAAGAUCGAGAGUUCCGUGUUCUAUGAUGUUCUCGGGGAGGACUUUGUCAAGAUCGCUUUCGAGGCCGCGAAGAAGGCGGAUCCGACCGCGAAAUUGUACAUCAACGACUUCAACCUCGACUCCGCUACUUACGCCAAGACCACCGGUCUCGCGGCCAAGGUCAAGGAAUGGGUCGCCGCCGGCGUCCCAAUCGACGGUAUCGGGUCUCAAACCCAUCUCAGCGCUGGUCAAGGCUCUGGUGUCAAAGCCGCCCUUACACUUCUGUCCGAGUCCGUCAGCGAGGUCGCCAUCACCGAGCUCGAUAUCGCGGGUGCGUCGACGACGGAUUAUGAGAAUGUGGUUAAUGCUUGUCUAGGACUGGCAAAGUGUGUCGGGAUUACCGAGUGGGGUGUUGAUGAUUCUCAGUCUUGGAGGUCGAGCAGCACGCCUACACUUUUCUCGGGGUUCAAGCCUAAGGCGGUUUAUACUGCGCUUGUACAGAUGUUGCAGUAA